CACGACGUGUUUGUUUGCCUCCAAAUGUAAAUCCAGCGCAAUGGGUGAGUUUGUGCCUUUAUGUAAAUAAAACAGAAGCGAAACUUGUGUCACUCUGCUACACAGACGCGUUCAGACGACAUGUUCGGCAGCUAGUCGGACUUUGGCUUUUUUGACACGAGGUCCGCGCGCUCAUGCCUCAGAUCAAUACCUCAGCGCUCCUCCAGGUGGUGCUGCUGCUCUCCGCCGUGCCCGCACAGUACUUCAUCUCCAGAUGGAGCGGCUCCACGGCGGCGCAUCGCUACCACGCCACCACGCGGUUGCUCAGGAUUUGGAAAGAAUGGAGAUCUUACCUGAACGUAACGGUGUGGAUGGACUGGACAAGCCAGCAGAUGUCCAAAGUAAAAUCUUUAUUUGGUGUAGAACAGGAGGACCAAGCGACUGGAGAGUUGCCUCCCAUAGAAACUAUGAUGUAUGACAAUGACCAAGGAUUCUUUGGAGCUUCCAAGGCAGUGCGCAGGCCGAGGCCGCCCUAUGUGUUCCUGCGGGUUGGAGAGGUGGUGCUUGAGAGGAAAGGUCAUAUGGUCGGGGUGGUGGUGAGCUGGGAUUCCGAAAUGAAAGCUCCACAAGAGUGGGUUGAAAGGAUGUACUCUAACUCAGAGGAAUUAAAAGCUGUGAUGACACCUCAUUACAAGGUGCUGUUCAGCGGGCCCGGCCCCUCCUCUCUUCUCGUUGCAUACUUGCCUCAGACGCAACUGGAGCGCAUCACCGGAAUGAAGCCGGAAAUCCCCACUUUAGAGAAGUACUUCACACAUUUUGAUGGAGAACGCUUCAUCAUGCAGCCCUGGCUCAGGGAGAUCUUCCCUGAAGACGAGGACGAUGAGUCCUGAGUGUUCUACUGUGUAUCGCCAAAGCUGGCAUCCCAUGAUGCUUCACUGCUAGAAACCCCCAGAGUGAAGAUGUGUGUUCUCCAGGAGUGUUACUGCAGAUAGGUGGAGUCGAUGCUGUGAUUUCCACGUGGACCUCUUAAACUGACCUCUGAAAAUGAAACGGUUUUAUACGGAUGAACAUUCAUGAGCCAUCCACCAGGUGGCAGCGUUCAGCAGCACAGCACAUCAUUUUCAUAGACUCUGGAACUGCAAUGUUCAGACAAUAGUUAGUUUUUGCAAUAGUACUUUGCAGUACCUACAAAAAGUUUUUCAUAAAUUAUGUGAAUAACAUUAAUUUGCAUCAAGA